AUGACGGCGCCUCUUUUCAGUGCGACCGAUGUUCCUGCGGUAGUCACUGAACUUGCACUAAAGAGGUAUGCGGAGUACCUUGUGCGGCGUCGCGAAAAACCUGAAGCAGCGGAAGGAAUAUCAGGCACUACACUUGAGGAAGCUCUGGCACCGCUGUAUUUGCUUCAUGGAAAUACAUUCACCUCCGCGAUUGGAAUUGCGAUCCAUGGGGCAGAGCACAUUUUGAGGUGUGUCGUGCGUCAAGCGGCAGAUAGCAAUGAAGAAGAGGGGAAGCAACAACAGCAUCAGGACAAUCAGGACGGUAAAUUCUCUACCAACAGAUGCGCGUACAUGGUGGGUGAUCACUGUAUUCUGUCUCUUUUCUACUGCAGCUGCAGGGCGUACGGUUACUCUUGCAUCAAGCGGCAGGAGGCAUCGACGUGCAAACAUCUACUUGCUUUGCGGAUAGCUCUAUUACUGGAGGAAAAUGGGCUUGCGACUGACUGCAUACGUGAAAAGAGGAUAACCACAGAGCAGUUUCAGGAAAUGGUGCAGAGGCUUCUAUGA